UGAUGCGCCCUUUAUCACUGAAUUCUAUCCAACUCACGAAGAGUCUUUGACUUAGCCGAACCCCACGGGGCUAGCCAGUGCCGCAGACAAACUGAGCUGAAGGGGGCUCAUUAUAUUCUGCAAUCAUUCCUCCUCAAGAAGACCACCUUCUAUACAUGCCUCGAGCAACGCCAGCUCCUCUCCAACUCCUCUUUCCUCCUUUUUCACUCCCUCUCAAAUACAAACCGCAUCCCAUUUCCAACCUAACGUCCGUGCCCGUGCGUUCCUCCAUUCUAUGCUCACCAGCUGUUUGUCGAAAUUCCUCAACCGACUCCCCCCACAUCACCACUCCUCUGCCGCCUCCCUCCUCUAUCUAUAUCCACCUUCCCUUCUGCCGCCGGCGAUGCCACUACUGUGACUUCCCCAUCAUCGCUCUCGGAUCCUCCUCUCGCCACUACGACGACGACCCCCGCAUUAACAACUACAUUCGCCUCCUCCUUCGCGAGAUUCGCGCCACGAAACCCUAUUCCUCCCUUCAACUACCCAUAAAAACCAUCUUUUUUGGCGGUGGCACGCCGUCUCUUGUCCCCCCUCGGUUAAUCGCAUCUCUGCUCGACACAAUCCGUACGAAAUUUGGCGAGGUCGCGGCUGACGUUGAGGUGUCCAUGGAGAUGGAUCCGGGAACCUUUGAUGCGGGGAGGCUGGAAGAGAUGGUGGGGGUGGUCGGUGUGACGAGAAUCUCGCUUGGGGUGCAGGCGUUUCAGGACGAGUUGCUGCGGGAAUGCGGGAGAGCGCAUGGGCGGAGGGAGGUGGAUGAGGCGAUUGAAUUGGUUAGCAGUUCUCAUGGGCCUAGGAGCUGGAGUUUGGAUCUUAUAUCGUCGCUUCCGAGGCAGACUGAGGAGAUGUGGGAGGAAAGUUUGCGUCUUGCUGUGUCUGCGGGGCCUCAGCAUGUUUCGGUUUAUGAUUUGCAGGUGGAAGAGGGGACCAAGUUUGCGCUGCUGUACACUCCUGGAGAAUUCCCUUUACCCGCAGAAGCCCAAUCUGCAAACUUCUACGUGAUGGCGUCAGAAACUCUAAAACUUGCUGGUUAUGAGCACUACGAGAUCAGCAGUUACUGUAAACCUGGUCAUGAGUGCAGGCACAAUAUUACUUAUUGGCAGAACGAACCUUUUUAUGGCUUUGGCCUGGGGUCAGCAAGUUACAUUAAUGGAGUUCGGUUCUCAAGGCCUAGAAGAUUGAAACAGUAUGAAGAGUUCGUGAAGGAUCUGGAAGCUGGAAAUAUGUCAGCGAAGAGCAAUGCCUCCAUUGUUGAGGACAAGGAAAUGGCCAUGGAUGUGGUGAUGCUUUCUUUAAGGACUGCAAAAGGCUUGGAUCUCAAGAGUUUUCAGAGGUCCUUUGGGGAGUCUGUGGUGCUGUCUCUGUGCAGGGCAUGGAGGCCACAUGUGGAGAGUGGGCACGUGGUUGCCUUGGAUGAGGAGAGGAAAGCUAUCUCCAUUGGCAAGUUCGAUUUGGAAUUGAAUGGUGAUUGCCAGUUGGGAAGGAGAGUUGCCUUUCUGAGGCUAAGUGAUCCAGAGGGUUUUCUCAUGUCGAACGAGCUAAUAGCGGUUGCUUUUGGUGUUUUGUCUCCCUAGGAGGCAAAAGUGUGUAUAACUUUUAAAUCAUUUUUUUAGUUGUAAACAUAUUCCGAUAUAUUUAAUAACCUUUUUUUUUUAUA